AUGACCAACAUCCACCCCCAACUAGCAUCCCUAGAAGCUUUCCUCGAAAACCACCCUGCCAUCAAGUAUAUCCCACCCUCAUCCCCGAAUUAUUCCACCGCCAGAAAGAUCUUCAACUGCAGCCGUCCCGACAACCCCCUCGCAAUUGUCCAGCCCCAGUCCGCGACAGACGUAAGCGUAAUUGUCAAAUAUGCAAAGUUGAAUAACCUCCCGUUUACCAUCCGCGUGGGCGGGCAUAACCUCGAAGGCCGGAGCUUAGUCGAAGGCGCCCUGCUUAUCGAUCUGCGGGCGUUAAAUGGCGUCAAAAUCGCGGAUGAUCGUCAAACAGCGAUCGUGCAGGGCGGAAUCAUACAGGCGGAGUUGGGGAAGAAGCUCUGGGACGAGGGGCUAGUUACGCCGGUGGGGACGACGCCUUCAGUUGGGUACGUCGGCUGGGCUGUAUAUGGUGGAUAUGGAUCGUUUUCGGGACACUGGGGACUUGGAGUAGAUCAGAUUGUGGGUGCGACUGUUGUUAACCCUGAGGGGGAGAUUAUCACGGCGGAUGAGAGUCUGCUGAGGGGGAUUCGCGGUGCAGGGGGUUUGUUUGGUGUUAUCGUCGACCUCACCAUCAAGGUCUAUCCUCUCAAGACUCUACUCACCGGAGCGCUCAUGUUCGACUCGCAAGAUAUCGGCAAAACAUUCAUCGACUUCAACGCCGCAUACGAAAAGUUCAAAGCCGAAGAACCCCUCCCCCAACAACUCACAGUCCAACAGAUCGUAUUCAACGCACCACCCGGUCGAACCUUUGGCGUCUUAUUCUUCUGGAGCGGCGCCGACAUCGAACAAGGCCAACGCUGGAGCGAGAAAAUCGCCCGUCUAGGUCCCGUCAUUGUGAAUACCAUUGCGACAACCGGCAUCCCAGAGUGGAUGAUCGCAAAUGGUGCCUUGGUACCCCCAAGCGUGUACGGAGCUGCUCGCACGCACAGCGUGCGGCGUAUCUCACCGCAGGUGGCUGAGGCGAUUGCAAGGCAUCUUGUGAAUAUGCCAGCGGAUCCGGGGACGAUGUUAUCCGUUCACGAGUUGCGGGGUGUCUCUGCGGAGGCAAAAAGUGACUCUGUGUUUGCGACGAGAGAGCCGCACUUUAUGCUCGAGAUGUGUGGGUUUGCGACAGCGGAGAUAGGCAAAGCGGCAUCUGAGAAGUGGGCCAUCCAGCUGGCUGAGGAUAUUGGGCAGACGGAUGCCAGCAAUAUUGUUUCUACGGCGUAUAUUUCGCUGUAUAAUAUGGCGGAUGCUGCGCCAGCGGACGUGCUGGCAAAAACAUACGGUGGCAAUGCACGGGAUGUUACAGAGCUGAAGGAGAGCUUUGAUCCAAGUAACGUGUUUAGUCUGACUGUGCCUUUGUUGAGGUAA